AGAGGAGAGUAAAUACAACAGGAGCGCAAAAUGGCGGAGCCGCCGAGCCCAGUGCACGGCGCUGCAGCCGCCCCCACCGUCCCAGAGAAAGAACCGUUCGGCAAGCUGCAGAUCGCUUCCCGGGACCCACCGGGUCCUCUGUCCGCCAAGAAAGUCCGGACUGAGGAGAAGAAAGCGCCGCGGAGACUGAACGGAGAAGGAAGCAGCGGCGGGAACACCAGGCAGCUGCAGUCGCCGGCGGCACCUUCGCCUCAGAGCUAUGGCAGCACCACGUCCUGGAGCUUCGCUGCUCUGUCUCCUGCCCCCUCCCCAUCCCCGGCUCGGAGCAGUUUCUCUUUCUCCGCUGGCACGGCCGUCCCGUCCUCAGUCCCAUCCUCAGCCUCUGCCUCGUCUCAGCCGGUGCCGCGCAAACUGCUGGUCCCUCCUACGCUGUUGCACGCUCAGCCUCACCCUCUCCUGCCGGCCGCCGCCUCCUCGGCCAACGCCAAGCCGCGCAGACCCAAGGAAAAGCGAGAGAAGGAACGGAGGCGGCACGGCCUUGGCGGGGCGGGCGAGGCCGGCGGGGCCGCCCGGGAGGAGAACGGGGAAGUGAAGCUGCUGCCGCGAGAUAAAAUCAAAGACAAAAUUAAAGAGAGAGAUAAAGAAAAAGAGAGAGAGAAAAAGAAGCAUAAAGCAAUGAAUGAGAUCAAGAAAGAAAAUGGAGAAGUCAAGAUUUUGCUGAAAAGUGGGAAGGAGAAACCAAAAACAAAUGUAGAAGACUUACAAAUUAAAAAGGUAAAGAAGAAAAAGAAAAAGAAACAUAAAGAGAAUGAAAAACGGAAGCGUCCAAAAAUGUAUAGCAAAUCUAUUCAAACCAUCUGCUCAGGAUUGCUAUCUGAUGUUGAAGAUCAAGAACCCAAAGGCAUCCUAAAUGAUAACAUAAAGGAUCACAGUGGAAAGAAUUUGGAUACCAAGAACUAUAAUUUCAAAAUUCCAGAGAACAGUGAGUUUCCAUUUGUCUCAUUAAAGGAGCCACGGGUUCAGAAUAACCUCAAAAGGUUAGACACUUUGGAGUUCAAACAGUUCAUUCAUAUUGAGCAUCAGCCUAAUGGAGGUGCGUCAGUUAUCCAUGCCUACAGUAAUGAACUCACCCAUCUGUCUCCUGUGGAGAUGGAGAAGUUUGCAGAAGAGUUUGUGGGUCUAGUAUUCAGUGAAAAUGAAAACUCUGCAGCUUUCUAUGUAAUGGGUAUUGUUCAUGGGGCAGCUGCUUAUUUACCUGACUUUUUAGACUACUUUUCAUUUAAUUUUCCAAAUUCACCAGUGAAAAUGGAGAUUUUGGGAAAGAAGGAUAUAGAGACAACGACUAUGUCCAAUUUUCAUGCUCAGGUAAAAAGAACAUAUUCUCAUGGUACUUACAGAGCUGGCCCAAUGCGACAGAUUAGCUUGGUGGGAGCAGUUGAUGAAGAAGUGGGAGAUUACUUCCCUGAGUUCCUUGACAUGUUGGAAGAUUCACCGUUUUUAAAGUGUACACUGCCAUGGGGGACACUAUCUAGUCUAAAAUUAGAGAGUCGAAAAGAUAGCGAUGAUGGUCCCAUCAUGUGGGUACGUCCAGGAGAGCAAAUGAUCCCUGUGGCUGAUAUGCCAAAGUCACCUUUCAAAAGGAAAAGAACUACCAAUGAAAUAAAAAACCUGCAAUACCUACCUCGAACUAGUGAACCCCGUGAGAUGCUCUUUGAAGACAGGACAAGAGCUCAUGCAGAUCAUAUAGGACAAGGUUUUGAACGACAGACUACAGCUGCUGUUGGAGUGUUGAAGGCUGUGCACUGUGGAGAGUGGCUUAAUCAACCCCGAAUAACCAAAGAUGUCAUUUGUUUUCAUGCUGAAGAUUUCUUAGAAGUAGUUCAACGAAUGCAGUUAGAUUUACAUGAACCUCCACUGUCCCAGUGUGUCCAGUGGGUUGAUGAUGCAAAACUUAAUCAAUUGAGGAGGGAAGGCAUUCGCUAUGCCAGGAUUCAGCUGUAUGAUAAUGACAUUUAUUUUAUUCCAAGGAAUGUUGUUCAUCAGUUUAAGACAGUUUCAGCUGUAUGCAGUUUAGCAUGGCAUGUUCGGCUCAAGUUAUAUCACUCAGAGGAAGACACUGCUCAGAAUACAGCUACUCAUGAAACAGGCAAAUCACCAGAUUCCACAUCAUCAAUUCCUGGAUCUCACACUGACAAUAUGAUUUGUGCUGUAAGCAAAACCUCUUUGGAGUCUAUUUUUUCAGACAAACUUCAUUCUAAAUAUGAAGUACAGCAGAUUAAACAUGAACCUAUUGCAUCUGUAGGAAUCAAUGAAGAAUCUGUGAAUGUUUAUGUUUCUGAAAAGACCAGAGCACCGAAUAAUAUGGAUGGCAAGAAUGUUAAAGCAAAAUUGGAUCAUGUUCAAUUUACAGAAUUUAAGAUUGGCCUGGACUCCAAAUUUGAAAAUAGCAACAAAGAUUCAAAGGAGGAAUUGUGCUUAAGUCUAGUUGAUACAAGGCAACAUAGUUCAACACAUUCAAAUCAAGAUAGAAAAGAUGAUGCUAAUUAUGUACAUACCAUUUAAAAUCCUUUUAUAAAAAAAAACAAAAACUUAAUAAUGUAAUAAAGAUUCAUGAAUUAUGAAAGCAAGCCAAGGACUUGCUCCUAAGUCUGUUACAAAAUAUAGUCUAUGUAGCUUUGUAACAUUCCUCAGUGCCUGUCCAUAACUGUGAAGUAUCAAAGCACUUAGGGCCAGAUGCACUGUAAACAUUGCAGGUUUAAAGAAAUGGAGUCUUUAAAAAGUUAUUUGAGUUUGAGUUGUAGGUUUUAGGAUAGAGCUGACAUUAACAUAUAUAUAUUUUGUAAUAUGAGCCAGAAUUCUUUUUCGACAAUUUAAAGCUUUUCCAUAGAGCUUAUUUAUACCAAUUUUUUUUUCCAUUUAAAUGUGUCAGCACUGUAGUGUAAAUAGCUUUAAAAAAAUUUUUUUAGUGUGAUUUAUACUGAAAUGUGAGCCACUUAAUAAAGGUUCAUAAUAAGUUUUCUGUUGGGUAUGCAAAAAAAAAAAAAAAAAAAAACCCCUGAAAAUUCAGUUAAAUCAUGUAUUUGAUCUCGUGUCUGCUGUUGUAUCCAAUUAGAGUGGUAAAGGAGUGCAAAUGUACAUAAUUCAAAUCUAGUGAAUAUUUAAAUUCCCCACAUUGUGCAAGCAUUUUUAAAACUAAGAUUCAGUUAUGAAAGCAUAUUUAUAUAUGUGUGUAUGUAUGGGAAUAUAUAUGUAUAUCUUAUUUUACAUAACUUCUUGAAUUGCUGAAUAAGAUGAAUAUGUGAAACUUCCUAGCCCUACUCCCUGGAAUACAUUUUAAAAUAUUUAUAAUCAAUAUUAAGAAAGCAGUUUAGGUAAUAGAAAUAAUUUUUGUAAAGUUGGGCAAAAAAAGGUCUGUUAGUGAUAUUUAACCCUUUUAAUUAAUGAAGUUUUGUGGCCAGAUUACAUAGCCCUAGUAACAUCAAUUUUCUUUUUAGUGUACGGAGUGAUAGGAAGUUGAGAAAAUUUUCUUAUUAGUAGGCACUUUUGUUAUACUUAAUAGUAGCUGAGUAAAAAAUAUUUACAUAAAGUUUAACUGUGAGCAGUUAAAAUCCUUAUAGAUUUUUCUUGCAGAACAGGAAGAAAAUAUGACAAAUAUAAAAUCUUAAAAUAAGGGCAAUGACUCAUACAGAGAUGUAGCUAACAAAAUAAGAUGUGUUAUCUCUUCUUUCUAAGAAUCCCUCUCUGCCUACCCUAGCAAGGUAAAUAAGAAGAGUACAGCUGACCCUCAAACGAUGUGGGUUUGAAUUGCACGUCAAGUGAAAAAAUCUGUGUGUAAGGGGACCCACACAGUUCACUUGUUCAAGGGUCAACUCUAUUUCUUUUUCAAAAGAAGAUCUACAAAGUAAAAUUAGGGUAGGAAACAGGAUUGCCAGUGCCUCGCUAAAGAAAAACAGAUGUCUUCAGUGAUGGACUUGAGCACUAUUUCAGCUGCUUCCACUACUGUAAUUAAAAGUCAAACAAAUGUCUUUAAUGUAUUCCUUGAUAUAAGGAACUCUGCUCAUUGCAAAUAUUUUUUUAUUUGUAUUUGUUAUUUUUCUGAGCUUAUACUUUGGUUGAUGACUUUCAACUGGGAUUCUUUGUGCUGCCCUUUGAACUAGAGUUGCUAUUUCCAUUUCAGUAGUUUCUGCUCUAGCCUCAUUUGUGGAUCCAUAAAACUGUUUAUCUUUCUGGUAAGGAAGAAGCCACUUAAGGAAGAGGCAUUUCAUCAGAAAAAAUAAAGUGUAGUAAUGAUGUAAUUUCUGUUCCCCAGUUUAAAAAGUAUAGGCACCUAUUGGAAAUCUCAGUGGUUUGUAGGAAGUCAGUAUAUUUGCAUAGGAAUUUUCAUGGAAUAAGGAAGGUAUAAAUCAUGACAAUGUAUAUAGGGAUUUCUUUUAUAUCUGUCUUACCCUACUGCUCACUUUUUAUCUUCUCUUUAAAGGUCAAUUUAUGUAUUUGCACCUACCAUUUCAUAAGUUCAUAACAAACCAGUAUUGAGAAAUAGUAGGGGAUGUUUUCCUGGUUUUCUUCUUUUAAUUGAAGCGUAAUAUAUUUAAUAAGAUCUUAGUUCCAAUUUUCAAGUAGCAUACACAUAGAUACCUAAGAUCAUACUGUUAUAAAAUGUAUUUAGAGUAUCCCUCCAAAACAUAUGAGCCUUAACUUUUAAAGAUAUAUCUAAUACAAUAAUAGUUACUUUUAGUUAUUGUUUCCUGUAUAGCCUAGAGUCAAACUUCUCCAUCUUUUGGAAAUUCGUUUUGUCAAAUACAUACAUCCCUGUGGAUGUCAGUAUAAAUCAGUGGGUUCAGAUUUCAAGAUAAAGCCUUGUCUCCUUGGAUAAUGCUUAAUGUUUCUUGUUUUACGGGUUAUAAUUUUAAUCUCUUCAGAUGCAGUCUGAGAACUUCUUGGCUACCUUUGUUACACACAAAUAAUUUGUUCCAAUAUUGCAUUAUGUUGAUGGUUUCCUACGUAGUACAUUCUAGUUCUUCAUCUGAACAUACUUUUUUUGCUGUUAUUUCCGAUUUCUUGGGCCAGAACAAUCAAGCACUUAAAUAUACAAUUUCUAUGUGAUCUUAUACUAUAUAGAGUUAUUACAUAAAUUAUUAAAUUGAUACAGACCUUUACAAAAAAAAAAAAAAAAAAACAAGGUACCUCCUUGGUGUCUGAUAGUAUUUUUUUAAUUACUUUUGUUCAUACCUUUGACUAUCUAAGUGAUACAUAUUCCAUACUCAGGUUAGCUGGUUAGGUAGCAAAAUAAUUAAACAUUUGUGAUAGUUGAAAACUUUACAAAAGCCAUAUUCAUUACCUUCCUUGUCCCUAAGGUUGUUGACCUUCAAUAAAGAUUAGGUUAAUCUAGCACAACAUUCUGUGUAUGUGUGCAUGUGUGUAAGAUUACUGGAAGUAAUGUUUGUUUCCACAUCUAUUCAUUUUUAAUCCAUUCUAUAACUUUGGGGAUGGGGGUCUUGAAAGGGAGGAAAGGUUUUAUUUCUUGGACUAAGUCUUCAAGGUAUAUCAUUAGUGUUCCUGAAUGUAAAAGUUUUUUUUCCUUAAACAGUUAUGGCACGUAAGAUCAUUUUGUAAAUAAUAGAUUAGCACUAUUUUGGUAAGUUGCAUUCACUUAUUUUUUUUGGACAAGUUCAUUGUCAUAUAAAGCAAGUAUCUCAAAAUUCAUUUUACAUUUAGCAAAGGUGCAAGAUUGCUUUUGGAGUUUGAGAGGAAUUUUCCUUGUCAUCCGCCUUUCAAUAAAUGCUAAAAUUGAUAACCAUAAUCUUUCCCCCUUUGUUUUGUAAUUUUUUACAUUUGACAUUUCAUCUCAUCUUUAAAAGUUCUUGCUUUUCUGUCUUCAACAGAAGCCAUAGGGUCUUAAAAGUGAUUCCAAUAUGAAAGUCUUUUUCCUCUUAACUGAAUAUCAAAAGUUGACUUAUGCAACAGAAAAUAUCAAGGAUUACCUUAAACAAGUUUGUUAAACCAAUUAGGUAUGGGUGCUGGGAUGGUAUGAUAAAUUACCUCCCUUCCUUCUAGACAUGACUUUAAAUCUCAGGAGAGGACAAAAAUCCCAUUGUUUUGAAAAUAUUUUUAAGCUGGUACAAGUGACAGGAAGGAUUUUAGGUCUUCAGAGUGAUGGUUUUUAUGUAAUCUUUCUUCCACCUGAUAUAAUUACAGUCAUAGUUGGUACUCAUGGGGUUCAGAACUCGUUGAACUCUGUACUUCUAGCAUUUUGACAAGAAGAAAAUGUUUCAGCAUUCAGCGUUGCCCGGGACUUGUUGCAAUUACUAGAACUUGUGUGAGUCACAAUGCACCCCACAAGAGAAAAAUGCUUCAUCACUCAUUGCUUGUUCAGUACUCAUUGGUUUUAGGACUCGUUAGGAGUUCUGAAACGAAUUAACGAUUAGUACCAAGGUAUCCACUGUACUUUGAUGUGUCAACAAAAUUUUAGUGGUUUUAGAAUGUGUUGCCUGUUUCAUGAAAGAGUUAUAUUUGUUAUGUUUGGCAGUGGCAGUAUAACUCAGUUAAUUAAGAGGACAACUCAGGAGAGGUAUAAAAUCCUAUAUCUCUGCCCCGGCUCUUCAGUUCUUCCUGUAAUCCACUGCAUAUUGCAGAUGGAAACGAUCACUGUUUAGAAUAUCAAGCACAAGGAAGAUAAAAGCAAGAUCUUUCCUGUUUAAGUUUAUAAACAUUGUGUAUUACAUCUAUUGAGAGAGUAGGGAAUUGAGAGGAAGACAUCUGUCAUUACAGCUUAUUUCCCCUUCCAGGACUUAGACUCAAUCAGAGAAUGUAAAUGAGCGGAGGAUAAAAUGUGGGUAAACAGAGUUUAUAUUAAGUAGAAAUAAAAAAUAAAAUGUACUAAUUGAAUGUUUUAUUACUAUUAUCUGCCUUCCAAGAAAUGUUAAAAUAUGAGACAUUUUAAACAUUUUGAAAUUUAGAAUUUGUGCAUCCUUGUUUCUAAUAUGUCUUUACACUUUUCUAUAAAGACCAUUGCUGUUGUACUACCUUAGACUACAAGUGUUCAUAUUCAGAGUCAAAUCAAUCUAGUUGAAAAUAUUUUGAGUAAUACAGCAUUCAUAGUUUCAUUUGGACAGUUUGAUCCCCACCUCAAGUCUCUUCUUUCCCUGGAAUUUUUUGUUUUUAACUGAGCCAGAUGGAAAAAUCUCAGGUGUGUCUUCUUUUCAAAGAAACCCCUCUCUUGUUUAUGUUCCUGGUUCCAUCUCUAUUCCUGAUUGACCAAGUUUUUGAAAAAUCUCUGCCUGCCUUCACUUCCUCAUCAAACUACAAUUUCACUUUAAUUCUCAAAUUUAAUCACUAAGCUGAAACAUUUCUCUCAAAGGCCACCAUUUGCCAAAUCCAGUGGCUGCAUUUCUUAAUCCUUCUGUUUAACCUUUGUGGUAUUCUCAAUAAUUUAC